AUGGACACUUCUAAUCUAAUAGAUACAUAUCAGACAGAAAUGAAACAUGAAGAAGAUACAGAAGAAUUAUGCGCACCUGAUGUCAGUCGAGAAUCACAAAUUUUUGACAAUAAAAUUAAAAUCAAAAUCAGAUUAGACUUGAUAAGUGUACCAAUAUUCGCGUUUCCACUUUGUGUUGGAAUUGUAUGUCUCGGUUUAUUCAUUAUGGAAGGCAGACUCUCAGGAUAUCUUCCGACUAUUUCAGAAUCUGGAACAGAGUACCAAAACAAAGCUCUUUUUGCAUCAAUGAUAGCAUGCGGCUCAGUUACUACAUUCUUUAUCAUAUUCAUGUACUAUAAUUAUGUGAAACUUAAUUACAACCUUUCCAGACUCCUUAAUAUCGUUUUUAUUCUAGUUAUAAUGAUAUCAUGCAUUGGAGUUGGCGGAUUUGGAUUUUGCCCAAUUAAUGAAGUUUACAAAUAUCAUUUUCUUUUCGCAUUCUCUGGCUUCACAGGUAUACUUGUGUUCGAAACACUAUGCUAUGUUGUUUGUAGAAAAGAUACAAAUCUCGCAAUGGUUAGGUUAUUUUUGAUAUCAUUUGCGACAAUUGGAUAUCUGAUCUUUGGAUUCACUGAUGCUGUUUUUGAACCAAAUAUGGAUGCAACUGCAUCAGCAAUUGGCGAGUGGAUACUACUUUUCUGCUUACAAUUUGUGUUUGUUACGUAUGGACAAGAAAUGAAGCAUCUGAAAAUACAUAUCAAUUUGUCUGUUUAA